AUGGCAGCCCGUCCAGAAGAUCUGCGUCAAACAUCCACAGUGUCUACUGGUCCACCCCAGUCACCACAUGCCGACCAGACCGCGGGAAUCGACCUUCCUUCCCCGUCUAAGCAGCCGGAGCGCUAUGCGUUUUCAGGUGUCACGCAUGGUGACCAAGGUCCAGCUCUCGGAGCAGGAAUACAGGCCGUCACUCCCACCAUGGUGACGGAACCGCCCCGCAUUGGAAGAGUUCUUUUUGCUGGAGACCGAACCGAGCCCCUUGUCCUAACAAGACGCGGACCAAUGACCCUCGAAGCCUUCAAGAGCCAUCGCAACUUUUUUCUUCUGUUUCCUCCUUUGCAUCCUCACCCAGGUGUGCCACUGAAUGAAAAAGGAGCCUUCGACAUGGAUGCUUUCAGACGGUCGCAAGGCGGUCUACCGGUUCGAACUCUAGAUCAACCAGCAGAUGAAAAUGGCUGGGGGCCGCCACUGUAUGAAUGUUAA